AUGAGGGUAUUGUUCUGGAAUAUCAGAGGCCUUAAAAGAAUUAGAGCCAAAGAUAAACUCAGAUCUUUAGUCAAUCAGUUGAAUCCUUCUUUAAUUUGGUUAGCAGAGCCUAAAGUAAGAGCUAAAAGAAAUUUUGUAAAAAAUUUGAGAUUGCCUGGUAUGAGUCAAAUGCUAAUACAUAAUUCAGGUGACACUGAGAAAGGCAAUAUUUGGUUAUUAUGGCACUCUUCAUUAUCAAUUCCAUCAAUUAUUUCAAGCACAAAACAAGGCAUCACUGUCAGAGAUGGAGAUGUCCUUGUUACUGGUAUUCAUGUUGCAUGCUUAACAAUGGACAAGAGGGAACUAUGGGAAGAAUUGAUGAAUAUUAAUGCACUACAAUUUCCAUGGCUAGUACUUGGAGAUUCUAAUACAGUUUUUAGUUGUGAUGAAAAAGUAGGUGGAAGGAGUCCUCUAAGAACAUCAAUGACAGAUUUUAACAAUUGUUUAGAUUAUUGUGGGCUUCUACAAGCUCCAAGAUCUGGAAUUCAGUUUUCACGGUGCAAUAACAUGGUGGGUAAAAAGAGAAUAUUAUGUGAUCUUGAUAAAGCUUUCUUUAAUACUAAAUGGUUGGAUUUGUAUGCUACUUGGAGCUAUAAAGUGGGAGUAAGAGGAGUUUCGGAUCAUGGUGCUUUGAUGGGAGAUACAACUGACAUUUCUAAACCUCAAAACAUACCUUUUAGAUAUCAACCAAUACGGACUUCUCAUCCAGAAUUUCUGCAACUUAUAAAAAAAUCAUGGGAAGAUGAAUGUGUUGGAAAUCCUGUUUUUAAUUUUAUGAGUAAGCUUAAGAGGUUUAAAAUCAGGGUAAGGAAAUGGAACUGGGAGGUUUUUGGCGACUUAAGAAUCAAAGUCAAAGAAACUGAAGAUGAAGUUUUAAAAUCUACAUUGCUCUCAGAUGCUCAACCACAGAAUGUAACUCUGCUCAAUAACCUAGUAACUGCAAAAGGAAAACAUGAAUUUGCAUCUCAACAAUACAGUGAAUUACUAAGAUCAAAGUCAAGAAUCAAAUGGGUGAAAGAAGGUGGUGCAAACACAGGUUUUUUUCAUACUUCAAUGAAGGUUAGAAAUGCUCAUAAUAACAUUGCAGAACUUGAAGACUCAAAUGGUAAUAUUGUUGUUGAACAAAACCAAAUUGCAGAUUUGUUAGUAAAUCAUUUUCAGAAUAAAUUUGAACAUCAGGAGGUGAAUUAUGAAGAAAGUUUUUUUGACUCUAUCCCUAAGGUAAUAACUGAUGAAGAUAAUGCACUUAUGGAUGCUCUGCCUUCAGCACAAGAGAUUGAAGAUGUUGUUUUUUCUAUGGAUCCAAACAGCUCUCCUGAUCCUGAUGGAUUUCCAAGUAGUUUCUACAGAUUACUAAAAGUUUUACUGUUGGGUGCUGUACAUUUGUCUCAAUUUCGGUGGCAAUUAUUGUAG